AUGCAAAAAGCAUUUGGAAGAUUUAUUUUUGCCUUAUUAAUAUUCUUUUCAACUGUUAUUAUCAUAAGCAAAUUGGAUGAUGGUACUGCAGUGUGUAAUCAAUAUUAUGAAAAUGAUAUUUCACGAUUUUAUAUAUAUAAAGAUUAUUGUGUGUUGCCUUAUGUGAGCCAUAGCGAUAUGGAAAAUAAUGUGAAUAUAUUUGAAAGGAUUACGCUAGUUUUACAGAUCAGCUACAACUAUUUGAAUGAUAAUAUUUUGGAACAGCUUGAAUCAUGGGAUGGUCCAGUGACAUUCAUGGUAGCAAUACCAUCAGUACAGGUUUAUAAGACGAUAGAAAACAUUAAAAAAACGUUGUCACACUUUCCUUCUCACGUGCUCUAUAAAUUAAGUGCUCACGUGUUAUUCCGGUCUAAAUAUGGAUGCAAAAAAGAUUUAAUUGAUAAAUUGAAUGAAACAAACAGCGGAUGGCGAUAUCCUAUUAAUGUAGCACGGAAUGUAGCAAGGAUGUUUGUGAAAUCAAAAUAUAUAUUAAUCAGCGAUUCGGAAUUUAUUUUUCCUGAAAAAUUUGAAUCCAGAAUGUGUGCACUUGCACAAAAUCAAUUGACGCGCAAUCCAAAAACAGCACUUGUUGUACGAAUAUUUGAAGUAAACGAUACCAUUAAGCAAAUGCCACGUAAUAAAUCAGAACUACGAGAAUUAUUUUUCAAAGGAUUAGCAGUAGAAUUUCAUGUUCGGUACAAUAUGAAAGAACAUACCAUUCCACAUUUGGAUCAGUGGUUUAAUAAACAAGAGAACAAACAGGAAGUCAAUAUAAAUUCUAUUUUAAAAUUCUCACGACGUGGUUGGGAACCCCAGUUUGUUUCCCUUAAUACCAUACCAUUGCAUGAUGAAAAUUUCCCAUUUUCAUUGCGUGAUAAUACAGUUCUUCGUUGGGAAAUGUGCCGUCAAAACUAUACAUUUGCAUUGGUGAAUGAUUUAUUUAUGGUACAUCGUGGCAUCAAAACAGUAAAAGAUCUACCACUUACCAAGAAACGUCAAAAGCAUUCUCGAGCGCAAUUUAACAUAGCAAUAAAACUUUUCAAACAACGCAUGGAUCAUCAGUAUCCUGAAACUAAGAAACUCUGCCCCGAAUUUGGUGCUUAG